GGACACGACCAGUUUUAUAAUAGGAAUAAAUGGAACAGCGCGCACUGGUCGACUGGUCGGACCCUGGUCGGGCCCUGGUCGCACGACCAAAAUUUUUCAGUUUGGUCGGGCCCGACCCGCUGGUCGUUGCAGCCAAAAAUAGCACACAAUGUAAUGGGACGACGCGCACUACCCCCGACUUGCCUCCGACCCGACCAGUACACCACUCAACCCCCAGGCCCCAGUAUUCCUAGAUCAAUCAAACGUUGAGCACUUGCUUUUUGCGCCGGUCUGUGAAGUGUUGGUAAAAUGUCGCAGGAGUUUGACACGGAAAGUUUCAUUAUAGCGGUUAAAGAAAGACCCUGUUUAUGGGAUAUAUCGGGAGCAGAUUAUGCCAACCGAGGCAUGAAGAAGGAAGCAUGGGAGGAGAUAACGCAGAUGUUUGGUGGACGUGAUGACGCCACUCCGAAGGAGAAGUCUGAAUUAUGUGCAAAUUUGCAGAAGAAAUGGCGCCACCUCAAAGACUCGUACUGCAGGGAAAAAAGAAGACUGAGUUGUAUGAAAAGUGGAUCGGCACCAGACAGAAAAACACCAUACGUAUAUUUUAAUAUACUUUCUUUCCUCAACAAGGCUAGUCCACCAACCACCACUCAAGCUAGCAUCGCUCGAGAAGAUAUUGAGACUCAUCCUGGUCUGGAGACUGAAGAUGAUAUAGACAGCCCAACUGGACCAUACCAGGCCAAAGUAGUAGCAAAGAAGAAGAAGCAAGAUGAUGAGGUUGGGAAACAGCUAGUCAACGUCUUGAAACAAGGCAAUGAAGACCGUAAAAAGAUGGAUAAGGAGUUUUUUAAGGACGAAGACAAGCUGUUCAUGAUGUCUCUGGUCAACGACUUUAAAAAAAUACCAGAACACCUAAAACUGUCUGCUAAACGGCAGAUUCUGACCGUCAUUGAGGAACAUCAGCGUAGUUUUUCUUACAACCAAAGCCUUCAAGCCAACUAUCACCUUGCACCCCUUGACACAAGACAGGCUUCUGUUGUUACAGAAAGACAUCUACAACUUAAUCAACUUCAACCGCUGCAUGGUGGAAUCGGAAACCAAGGGCAAAACUCUACGCCUGUACUUUCUCCCAAUGAAGGCAGCUGUUAUGGGUAUGAAGACUCCGGUUCGUCUUUGUUGUCUUGUUAUCAGGACAAUUCUAAAUAGAAUAACCUUAUAACAGUUUUUGGUUAAAUUAAAAGUUUACUUCUUGCCAUAUAAAAAAAUGCAUACUCUUAUGUUCAAUAAUACAGUUUAAAAUUACAUUUUGGGAAUAAUAUGUAAUUGUUUGUAAAUAUUGGCAUCCAGUUGUCUUGUUUUCAGAACAAUUCUAAAUAGAAUAACCUUUAACAGUUUUUGGAUGAAUAAAAAGUUUACUUCUUGCCAUAUUAAAAAAAUUUGCAUACCCUCAUGUUCAAUAAUACAGUUUAACAUUACAUUUUGUCAUUAUUAUGUAAUUGUUUGUAAAUGUUUCCAUCUAAUACGU